AGAUCCAAAUAAAACCUAGCGAUGGUGUCUCUUUUUCUAAUUACUAUCACAGCUCUCGAUUCCUAGCGCAGACGGGACGAGAAAACUGAAAUAUCACUUUCGCUGCUAGGGUUUCUCUUUCUCCUUCGUAUUUUCCUCAGUUCUCUUUGGAAAAAUGACUCGCAUAUAUGUGGGAAACUUGGACCCACGAGUUAACGAGAGGGAUCUUGAAGAUGCAUUUCGUGAUUUUGGAGUUAUAGAAAGUGUUUGGGUUGCACGCAGACCACCAGGUUAUGCUUUUAUUGACUUUGAGGAUCGUAGGGAUGCAGAGGAUGCAAUCCGUGAAAUAGAUGGCAAGAAUGGCUGGAGAGUGGAGCUUUCUCACAACUCUAGAGGUGGGGGUGGUGGUCGUGGAGGGGGUCGUGGUCGAUCUGGAGGUUCUGAUUUGAAGUGCUAUGAGUGUGGUGAGGCUGGUCACUUUGCUCGUGAAUGCCGUCUGCGUGGUGGUUCAGGAAGACGUCGUAGCCGCAGCCCCCCUCGGUACCGGAGGAGCCCAAGUUAUGGUCGAAGGAGCUACAGUCCCCGCGGACGGGCCUCCCCAAGACGCCGCAGUUUGACACCUCGUGGGCGUAGUAGUUACAGCAGGUCACCACCACCAUACCGUGCACGUGAGGAAUUGCCAUAUGCUAAUGGAAAUGGCCUGAGGGAUCGACGCCGAAGCCGAAGCUGAGCAUUUCAGGCUUGGUCACUUGCUUUGUAAGAGGACUGUGGGAUUGAAUAUUGUUUAGUGUGCUUGGACUUCAGUACUGUUUAAAUCGGGCGACGCCCUCAGCUUCUACUCUUGAAUUGGAUAAGUUCCUUUCUUUCUUUAAUUGAGUUGGAUUUUAUUUUUCUACCUAAUUCAGAAUAUGUAGUUACAUUAUAGGAGGAGAUCUUAAGCAUUAUAAUUUUAUUAAGGACAGUUAAAUGAGAGCGUUGCUAAAAACC